AUGAAGCAUAGAGGUGGCUGCCUGGAUGUCCGACUCAAACAGAGAUUGGAAGAGUAUUUGGCUUCAAGCAGUCGUUACGUGGAUCUGAGCGCCAUAGCGCUAGACCUCCAAAAACAAUACAGAUUCGACUAUGGUAGAAGAAACAAGACUGCUUUCCGAAUUCAAGUUGAAAAAGUAUACCAAGCAAUAAAAACGGAGUCCGGGCUGAAUGAUGUGGAAAGCCCCCAACUAACCAAGCGAGCCAAGCACAUCCACAAUGAUUCUGGUGAUGACAGCUGCAGCAGUUUAGAAGAUAUUCUGGAGAAAACGAACACCAGUCACAUGAACAGCUCUCUAACGUCUCUAUACCGGAAAGGAACCUCUGAUUCCAGUCCCUAUUCUACAAUUCAAGAGCUGCCUGAAACAAGUAAAACAUCCUCAGGAGGCUGGUUUAUCGAUCGUGGCAAGGGUUCUGCAAAGACAAAAAUCUUCAUCGACCUCAGUGAAGAUACACCAAAUGAUUCAGUAAAUAAAGAAGUUUCCAUGUUGGAGCCUUCCAAAAAGUCAAAAAGAAAAAAGAGGCCCGUUGAAGAUGCAGAGGAUGCGACAAGCCAGAAAGGUGAUCUCUUGCCAAAAACAACAACAAAGCUGCAGCAUUCCACUUUGAAGUUCGAAGAUGUUGGUGGUCAUGAAGAGACAUUAAGGGAAGUGUGUAAACUACUCAUCCACAUGCGUCACCCAGAGAUAUAUGAACGACUUGGAACAGUUCCUCCAAGGGGUUUUCUCCUCCAUGGACCUCCUGGCUGUGGAAAGACUCUUCUAGCACAAGCUGUGGCAGGGGAACUCGACCUGCCUUUGCUAAAGGUAUCUGCUCCAGAAUUAGUGUCUGGAGUAUCUGGAGAGUCUGAACAGAAGCUCAGGGAGCUGUUUGACCUUGCUGUGAGCUCAGCUCCUUGUAUCCUCUUUAUUGAUGAGAUAGAUGCCAUAACUCCAAAGAGAGAAAUUGCCUCAAAAGACAUGGAAAGGAGGAUUGUAGCACAGCUCCUUACUUGCAUGGAUGACUUGAACAGUCUCACAUCUGCAACACAAGUCCUGGUCAUUGGUGCUACCAAUAGGCCAGACUCCCUUGACCCUGCCCUACGUAGAGCUGGACGUUUUGACAGGGAAAUAUGCCUAGGUAUCCCAGAUGAAACUUCUCGUUUCAGGAUUUUGAAGACUCUGUGUCGUAACCUGAAGAUGCCAGAAGAUUUUGAUUAUAGAAAGCUGGCCCGACUCACUCCAGGAUACGUGGGUGCGGAUCUCAUGGCACUUUGCCGCGAAGCUGCCAUGCAUGCUGUCAACCGGGUUCUGUUGGUAGGGCAUCAACCACAGAAGAGCAAAACCAGCAUCCUCAACAAUGAUUUGCCAAAAGUGCCAUUUGGAAAUGAAAUUGUAACUAACAACGACAUGAGUGAAAACUGCUGCACAGUAUCUCAAAAUGUGGAGAGCGCAACUUCAGAAACAAUGGAUGUUAAUUUGUCUGAGGAUGACCCAGGACAUGAACAUCUGCCGGGUGAUCUGUGGCAUCUUUUGCAAUUGCUCAGGAAUACAAAUACUCUGCAAGAGGAUGAGCUGACGAGCCUUUCUUUCAUCAUGUCCGACUUUGAGGAAUCCCUUUCCAGUGUGCAGCCUUCUGCCAAAAGGGAGGGCUUUGCCACUGUGCCAGAUGUCACCUGGGAUGAUGUGGGAGCCCUUCAUGAAAUAAGAGAGGAACUUGGAAUGGCUAUCAUGGCUCCAAUACAUUCUCCUGAGCAAUUCAGGGCUUUGGGGUUGAGUUCUCCAUCAGGAGUGUUGCUUGCAGGUCCUCCAGGCUGUGGAAAAACCCUUCUUGCUAAGGCAGUAGCCAAUGAAUCAGGUCUCAACUUCAUCUCAGUCAAAGGUCCAGAGCUCCUUAACAUGUAUGUUGGUGAAAGUGAGCGAGCUGUCAGACAAGUCUUCCAAAGGGGCCGCAACUCUGCUCCUUGUGUUAUCUUUUUCGAUGAGAUUGAUGCUUUAUGUCCUCGACGUUCAGGCCAUGAGUCAGGAGCCAGCAUACGUGUGGUUAACCAGUUGUUGACAGAAAUGGAUGGCUUGGAAACUCGGCGACAAGUGUUUAUCAUGGCUGCAACCAACAGACCAGAUAUAAUUGAUCCUGCCAUACUGAGACCAGGUCGGUUAGAUAAAACGUUGUAUGUGGGUAUGCCGCCCCCAGCUGACCGCCAUGCAAUUCUGCUUACCAUUACAAAGAAUGGAACCAAGCCUCCGCUGGAGCAAGACGUUAGUCUGGAAGAGAUUGCAUAUGACGAACGCUGUGAUUGCUUCACCGGUGCUGACCUGACUGCAUUAAUGAGGGAAGCGUCAGUUAAUGCUCUGAAGGCUUACCUGAAAUCCCGGUCUACAGAACCAUCUUAUUCCGGUCACUCAUUUUCCUCCGGAUCUGUUGCUGAUAUCAGAGUGAGCAAAGAAAAUGUGGAAGAUGCUUUCAAGAAAGUGAAACCGUCAGUAUCGAAACAGGACCAGAUGGUGUAUGAGAAGCUUAGAGAGUCCCUGAGCAGAUGA